AUGGAUCCUAACGGUCCCCGAGGGUCUGUGGCAGGAUUUCCUGCAUCCGGUGGGGGACUAUUCGUUGACGACCAAGGCAGGACAAUGGCUAACGAGAUGGACAACGGCGAGGGACAUUCGCUAACUGACCGGGAAGAACGAAACACACAAGAUAUAAGUGAAGCUGUGCAAUCAAGUGUGACUAGUGAUGUGAUUAUCGAACUUCCGUUAGUGAAUGUGUUGGACUGUCCCAUAUGUGCAAGAUUAGACAAACGAUUCAGUUUCCUGAAUAUAAGAGACUUAAAGAAACAUCUAAUCGAACAGCACAGCGAGGUGAAAGUGUUGUGGCAGUGUAAACAGUGCAAUAAAAUGUUUCCGGGAGUGCACAACUGUGUCUGCCACAUACCUAAAUGUAAAGGAUUACGGGAAACCAUCGUUAAAGCAUAUGUCUGCAGCAUAUGUUCGGAAUCGUUCACCACAGGAAGGGGAUUAUCCAUGCACGAGUUGCAUCGGCAUCCCGAUACACGUAACGUAAAGAGAGCGGCGGCAAGUAUACCUCGUACAGGAUUACGAGGUAGAAAGAAAUACCUGUGGACGGACGAAGAAAUAGAGAAACUAAUACAACUAAAUGAAAAAUACAAAAAUGAGAGAUUUCCGAACAAGAAAAUACAGGAGUACUUUCCUACGAAAACGACAAAGCAGAUUAGUAAUAAACGAAGAGAACUGCCAACGGCUGAACAACGGAACAUGUCUACACCAACAGUAGACAGGCCGUUGGAGAGUAACGGACCACCACCAGCCGGCAGCCACUCAUACGAUAGCACAGGGACGUCCAAUGAGGUUUCAAGGGCAGUAAUCGAACCUGAUUUCUCUGGCAACGCACAUAUCGAACCGGAAGAGCAAUUAGAAACACAACUGAACGCUAACUUAAGUGAUAUCGGCGUAGAUGAAGAUCUCAUCGAGGCAUGGUCCAACAAAAUCAGACAAGAAGCAUACUCGGUGACUCUGCCAGAAGACAACAGGUACUAUGCAUGCAUUCAAGAACUAGACGCUAUACUGCAUAACUUAAACAGAAGCCCUGAAACCUCGAAAGAAAUAGAUAAGUGGAUUAGUGACUCACUUGUUCCUAAACUCCUGAACAACGAGAACAGGGAUCGUAAUAGAGAACCAACAGGAACGACUAAUCCACGUGACGUGCGCAGCGGUCGACGGAGGAACAAAAGAAACCACAACGCACGUGCACGAUAUUGUUAUGCCCGUUGCCAGGAACUAUACAACAAAUGUCCAAAAAAGCUGGCAAACGUGGCUAUUAGUGGCGAUUUCUCAGCAGUCGAAAUGCACAACGAACUGCCAACUGCCACAGAUAUUGGCCAACUAUACACUGAGUUGUGGGGUGUCAGUGGCCCCACAAUGGAAGACCAGGAAGACUCAGAAGAAUUGGUAUCACCGUCAGAAGCCUGCCCCCCAUUCAACGUGGACGAAAUUAAGAAGCGGAUAAAUAAGAUUAAAAACAAAACAGCUGGCGGGCUAGAUCAAAUAAAGAAAACACACCUCAAAGAGGAAGGUGUGGCGGAAGUAAUGACCAAGCUCUUCAAUAUCGUAUUGCUCUCGGGACACUACCCAGAAAUGUGGAAACUAAAUCGGACAACACUGAUACCAAAAGCGGGCAAAGAUCCACAAGACGUCAGAAACUGGAGGCCAAUAACGAUCGGUCCGCUGCUUGCCAGAAUAUUCUCAGGGGCCAUCGACAACAGAAUAAGGAAAUUUACAACCCAAUCGAAUAGACAAAAAGGUUUUGUGACUGAGGAUGGUUGUAAAAAUAAUAUAGUCUUACUGGACCGAGCUAUAGCACGGAUGAAAACCGAAACAAGCGGCGUAGUGAGUAUCAUUGAUAUCUCCAAAGCAUUUGACACGAUACCACACGCCGCAUUGCUACCCAGUCUGAGAAGGAAACGUGUUCCACAAUGCCUAACGGACAUUGUCAGAAGUAUGUACGAGUGCUGCAAAACUGUAAUCAAGGCCAGAAACGAGGACAGCGUAGAAAUCACUCUUAAACGGGGUGUUAAACAAGGAGACCCCUUAUCGCCGCUGCUAUUCAAUUUGGUUAUCGAGCCAAUCAUCGAAAAAAUAGACCAGGAAACCUCCGGGGUUAAAAUAAACGAAAAUAAUCUGGCGAUAUUAGCCUUUGCAGACGACAUAGUACUUUUAGCUAAAGAUGCACAAGAGGCAAAAGAACAAAUGGAGAUGCUAACAAAAUAUCUCAAGGAUCUGGGCAUGAAAGUGGCUACGAACAAGUGCUCAUGCUUCGAAAUUGUGGCAAAGAACAAAACAUGGCACUUAAAGGAUCCCAAAAUACAAAUUGACAAUGAAGAAACUCAAUUUGUAACCCCGGAGAGUAUUAUUACGUACCUGGGAAUUGGAAUCAAACCGUGGAGUGGAUUGAAACGAGGAGAGGAAAUACCAGCGAUUAUGCAAGCAAUAAAGAAUGUAAAGAAAAUGAAGCUGAAACCACACCAGAAGGUCAACCUUAUUCAAACAUAUGUAUUGCCUCACUUCAUUUAUGGCCUGAUCGCAAGUCCGCCGCACGGAACCUCACUUCGAAAUCUGGAUCAGGCUCUGAGGCAAGAACUUAAACAAAUGUUGCAUCUAACCCCAUCGACAACCGAUGGCCUAAUUUACACGGCGAAAUCGCAUGGUGGAUUGGGAUUUCCUCGCCUCGAACACGUUGUAAAACUGGCCGUACUAAGACAUGCCGCUAAAGCGGCCGUAUCAACUGACGCUGUCCUGAGCGAUAUAAUACAAGAUGAAUCACUACAUAAACGAUUGAAAGUCUACAGCCAAUUCGAUGCGUAUUAA